AGGGAUUAAAAUUUUCACCUCUUUAAAACCGAUAAAGUGUCAUAGCUAUUAUUAGAAAAAAACUUUAAGGUUAUAAAAAAUUAACGAUUCAACCAAGUAAGUGAUAAGUUCUGAAAAUGAAAGGAUUAAACAUUUUAGAAAUAUUCUUUUUAGUUGUAAGUAUUACGUGGGUUUAUGCAGAUCGAGGACAUAGGAACACAUGCGUUUAUGACUUAAUACGAUCAAAUUCGAAACAUUCACUUAAUCUAUCACUUGAUGCGGAAAUGGUAUAUAGAAUAUCGGACAAUCAAAACGGAUGUAUCAUGAACGUGGAUGACAUUUAUGAAAACUUAACAAAACUUAUUACAGUUAACAGAACUAAACUCUUUGUAUCACUCGGAUUUUUUUGCGAAUCAUCUGAUGAUGGGAAUGAUAUUCACUUAACAUAUUUAAAAUCUUCGGGAAAAAUUAAUAAACACGAAAUCUCAGUCCAAAUAAUACUAGCAGUUUGCUCCCUCUUCAUGGAUGAGUUAGCUUAUUUUCAACAAUAUGGACAUAUUUUUUCUGUGGUUACAACAAACGUAUCGUACAUACACCCAGGUGCAUCUUGCUAUAGCUUAAAACAUCUUAGAAUGCUUUCUUCUAGUCUAGUGUGUGCAGAAAACAAUGAAAACCAAACAAAUCCUCAUUCUUUCUUCUGGGAAGCGUGUGACCCAUUUGAACAGCUUUUUAAUUUACGCAUUCAAGGCUGUCAUGGGAACCUAUAUGAUAUUAAAGCAUCUUUCAUUCAAAGGCAAUUUCCAAAUCUUCAAACAAUCUGGUUAAAAAACACGAAUUUAACGUUCAGUGAGCUGACGUUUCCAUGGACAAAUACCUUUGUCGACUCAUCUGAUAUGGAUAUUAUCAAAUAUCUUUCAUAUUAUGAAAAAAGUGAAAAACACGACAAUAACUCGAUUAAAAGAAGUAUCGAAGUAUAUGACAGCGCUGUGAAUUUUACAUACGACGUUACUUUCGUCGGAUAUAUAUCAAAAAUAGUUAUAAACAAUAACAAUAUGCCAAAACUAACAGAUGCUAUAUUCAUGAAAAUUCGUGGUUUGAUAAUUCUGGAUUUAUCAAAUAAUGCAAUCAAAGAAGUGGACAGAAAUGUUUUUACAAUGCAGAAUGACUUGAAACAACUCAACUUAGCCAAUAAUAAAUUGACCACACUACCAGAAAGUGUGUUUGACAAUUUGACUAAUGUGUUGUAUUUAGACUUAUCUUUAAACACAAUUGUCGAAAUUAAACAGAGGUAUUUUAAGUAUAUGGAUAAGCUAGAGGAACUUAAUCUAGAACAAAAUGCAAUUGUAACUUUACCACAUGACUUCCUUGGGUCACAGACUAGCACAAUUAAGUACGUUUUUCUUUCUAAAAACCCUUUGGAGACUUUGCCCUUGAAUGCUUUCUACGCUCCAAAGGUACUGCUCGUCGAUAUGCGUCAUUGCCGUAUACAUUCUAGCGGACUGAAAUCACUGCUGGACAACAUAAAUCUUUUCGAAUUACAAACAGCUUAUUCUCAGUCUCUUCUAUUAGAUCCUUUAGGGACAGUGGGGAAGGUUCCAUUACAGGCACGAACAUUUGACUUGUCCCAAAACAAUAUUACAGAAAUACCGGUCAAUUUGAUGCAAACAGCGGCCGUGGCGAAAUUUAAGUCUGUUAUUCGGGCAUUUUACAUAAAUUUGAAAGAUAAUCCAAUAGACUGUACAUGUACAAUUUUAUUGACGACAACAUUAGCAGAAAUGUACGUACAACAAGGAAUUUAUAUUGACUGGAAAUGUCAAUACCCACAGGAGCUUAGAGGUCGAUUAGUCUCGACAAUAAAACCUAGAGAAACAUAUUGUCCAAUUAACAUACAACAUUGCCCUGACAAAUGUACUUGUUUCGAACGCUUUGGGACCAGUACAUUUGUAGCUGACUCAAAGUGGAAAAGAAAGUUAAUUAUUGACUGUCGUAAUAUCAAUAUAACUUUCUUGCCAACGGUAAUGCCUAUAGGAAAAUUAGAAUUAUGGUUCAGUAAUUCGAAUUUGAUUGAAGUAUCACCAAGGGACUAUAUGGAAAAUAUUACCGUUUUAGACGUUUCUUAUAACAGAAUAAACAGUAUCACACCCGUUACCGUGAUAGCUUUGCGUUACGUUUCAACUUUGAAGUUAGAUCACAAUAACUUAACACACCUUCCUGAAGAACUAGCGACGGGUAGCAUGUCUUUGGUAACUCUCUCAAGCAACCCGUUUGUUUGUGACUGCAAGAUUAAAUGGAUGAAAUCAUGGCUUUUAAUACGAACGAAUCCAGUAAAAGAUUGGAAUAAUAUUGAAUGUACAUAUAAUACAAGCAGGGUGGGACAAGUGAUUUCCUUACAAGAUUCAGUGUUCGUAUGCAGAGAGUCUGUCAAAUCACACCUCCACGGGAAUGUAACUUUACCGUCAAUAAUAAUCGGCAGUAUUUUGUUUGUACUCGUCUCUAUUUCACUGCUUGUUGCUUUCAAACGCUUUACAAUUAAGGUUCUACUCUUUCUGUACUGUGGGUUCCACCCUUUUGAUAAACAAAGUCGAAAUCACUCAAAUUCAACGUAUGAUGCUUUUAUCUUGUUCUCGUAUAUGGACAGAGAAUUCAUACAAAACAACUUGGUAGACAAAUUGAAGUGCAAAGGCUACAAAGUUGUUGAUUUUUAUAAAGAUAUGAUCGUUGGUUUUUCAUUUCUUCAAAACGUCCAGAUUUUCAUUGAAAGAUCAAAAAGAAUAAUAUUUUGCUGGACUGAUGAUAUGCUUGCAAAUGAUUUAAUCAUAACUGCUUGGAAUAUAGCAUACGAGAAAGCUGUGAAAAAUGAGCUUGACCUUCUGAUAUUGGUAGUUGAUAGCGAUGUAAAUAAACGAUCCUGCACAAAUGACAACUUGAAGAGGUUUCUUACGAGUGGUAGAUAUAUAAAGAAGUUUUCCAAAUAUAUGUGUGCAAGUGUUGAGUAUUUAAUGCCAAAGAUUAGUUCAAAUACUCUAGGCAAAACGCUAAAUGAUGAACGUGAAGAAGAAAGCAAUAUCCCUAUGCUAGAAACUGUCUCUAACACAGAUGAUUAUCGUGGAAAUGAAUUGAUUUAUGUGUCAUACCCUGAUGAUCUGGACUUUGAGAUCCGACAUGAUCUUAUCCCAUACUUAUCAAAAAACGGGACAAAUAUCAAAGUUCUUGAGCACGACUUCACACCUGGAGCAGAUAUCCGUGAAGAAAUUCAUAGGAAACUUGACUCCUCGAAGCAUUUUAUUUUCAUCAUUACGCGCUCUACAUUUGAUGAUGAUGUUAAGAUGUUUAUCCUUACAACAGUGAUGUCAAAAUCACUAUUACGUAAUAAAAAUUAUUUGCUGUUAUUUACAUCGGGCCUUUUACAUGGUGAUGACUUCACAAACGAGGUCAACAAUUAUUUCAAUAAUUUUGUGACCGGGAGUAUCAGAGAAGAAAAUUUUAAAGAUCGUUUAUUACAUGCAUUAUGUCAAGAUUUCAGCUUGGAUUGUGAUGAAAAUAUAGUUGAAAAAUAUACCGCAAAUGAAACGUACAUACACCCAGAUGCUUCUUGCUCUAGUUUGAAAAAUCUUAGAGAGUUAUCGUCAAGUCUAAUUUGUACAGAAAACUAUAAAAACGAAACAAGUCUAAGAAAAAGAAAAUCUUUCUUCUGGGAGGAAUGCGACCCAUUUAAUCAACUAACUGAAUUGAAUCUUCAGGGAUGUAGGAAGGACAUGUAUAAUAUUGACUCCUAUUUCGUACAAAGUAAAUUUCCAAAACUUCAACAGCUUCGGUUGAAAUACACGAACUUGACAUUAAGUGAAAUGACUUUUCCAUGGACAAAUGAAUCUUUCAACAUCUCUGAUCUUGAUAGUAUCAAACCCAUAACCUUUUAUACAGAAAGUGAUGAGUACGGCAGUUAUUCCAUAAAAAGAAUUAUCGCUAUACAUGACAGCAUUGUAAAAUUCAGCAAUGAUGUUACCUUGGUCGGAUAUAUAUCUGAAAUAGUCAUAAAGAAAAACAAAAUGCCAAAACUAACAGAUACUAUGUUCAUGAAAGUACGCGAUUUGAUAGUCCUUGAUCUAUCAUAUAAUGAAAUCAAAGAAGUGGACAAACAUGCUUUUAUAAUGCAGACCAAGCUGGAGACACUUAUCUUAGCUAAUAACAAUUUGACAACACUACCAUUAGAUGUGUUUGACAAUCUGUCUAAUUUGUUGAAUUUAGACUUAUCUUCAAACAGAAUAACUAAAGUUGAACAACGAUAUUUCAAACAUUUGACUAAAUUGGAGAACCUAAAUUUGGAACACAAUUCCAUAAUAACAUUACCGUAUGACUUUCUUGAGUCGCAGAUUAACUCAAUUCGUUACGUCAUUCUUGCCGAAAACCCUUUAGAAAAUUUACCAUUGAAUGUUUUCUAUGCUCCAAAGAUACAGUUUGUCGAUAUGCGCCAUUGCCGUAUCAAUGCUAGUGGGCUUCAGCCACUGCUGUACAAUGCAAGCUAUUCAAAAAUGGUUAACACUGAACAAAAGAUCCCUUCAAUAUUUGAUCUGUCUCAAAAUGAUAUUACAAAGAUACCGAUAAAUUUAAAGAAUUUAUCAGAAGAUCUAAUGACUAAUUUCAUGUCUAUUAUCAUGAAAUUUUACCUUAAUCUAAAGGGCAAUCCAAUAGACUGUAGGUGUUCGAAAGUUUUUAUUACAAUGUCAGAAGCUUUGCGUAUACAUGAAAUUGACUGGAAAUGUCAAGAACCAUCGGAGCUCAAAGGACGAUUAAUGACCACGAUAAAACCUCAAGAAAUAUAUUGUCCAAUUUACAGCCAUUCUUGUCCUGAUAAAUGUGCUUGUUUUAAACGUAAUUAUACCAACACCCUAAUGAUUGACUGUAGGAAUAUCAAUAUGACUUCCUUACCCUCGGUGAUGCCAGCUGGAAGAUUAGAAAUGUGGUUCCGUAAUUCAAGCUUACUUGAAAUAUCACCUAGGGACUAUAUGGAAAAUAUCACUUUUCUAGAUGUUUCUCAUAAUAGAAUAAACCAGAUCACAACCGUUACUGCAAAAGCUCUGGGCAACGUCUCAACUUUGAAGUUAGAUUACAAUACUUUGACACAUCUUCCUAAACAGUUGGCGACAAUGAACAUGUCCAAAAUAACCCUCUUAGGCAACUCAUUCAUUUGUGAUUGCAAUAUGAAAUGGAUGAAAUCAUGGCUUCUUAUACGAACGAAUCCAGUUGAAAAUUGGGAAAGGGUUAAAUUCGGAUAUAAUCUAAAUACUAUAAUCAAUAGUAAAAUGCAAAAAGUAGCAGAUACUAUAUUCAUGAAGGUACAUGGUUUAAUAUUUCUCGAUCUAUCAAAUAAUGAAAUUAAAGAUGUGCAAAAAAAUGCUUUUACAAUGCAGACGAAGCUGGAGACACUUAUCUUAGCUAAUAACAAAUUGACUACACUACCAUUAGAUGUGUUUGACAAUCUGUCUUAUUUGAUAUCUUUAGACCUAUCUUCAAACAGAAUAACUAAAGUUGAACAACGAUAUUUCAAACAUUUGACUAAACUAGAGAAUCUUAAUUUGGAACAUAAUGUCAUAAUAACAUUACCGUAUGACUUUCUUGAGUCGCAGAUUAACUCAAUUCGUGACGUCACUCUUGCCGAAAACCCUUUGGAAAAUUUACCGUUGAAUGUUUUCUAUGCUCCAAAUAUACAGUCUGUUGAUAUGCGCCAUUGCCGUAUCAAUGCAAGUGGGCUUCAGCCACUGCUGUACAAUGCAAGCUUUUCAAAAAUGGUGAACCCUGCACAAAAGAUCCCUUCAAUUUUUGAUCUGUCUCAAAAUGAUAUUACAAAAAUACCGAUAAGUUUAAAGAAUUUAUCAGAAGAUCUAAUGACUAAUUUCUUGUCUAUUAUCAUGAAAUUUUACGUUAAUCUUAAGGGCAAUCCAAUAGACUGUAGGUGUUCGAAGGUUUUUAUCACAAUGUUAGAAGUUUUGUAUACAAUGUCAGAAGAGUUGCGUAUACAUGAAAUUGACUGGAAAUGUCAAGAACCAUUGGAGCUCAAAGGACGAUUAAUGACCACGAUAAAACCUGAAGAAAUCUAUUGUCCAAUUUACAGUCAAUCUUGUCCUGAUAGAUGUGCUUGUUUUGAACGGAAUUUUACCAACACGCUAAUUAUUGACUGUAGGAAUAUCAAUAUCUCUUCCUUACCUUCGGUGAUGCCGGUUGGAAGAUUAGAAUUGUGGUUCAGUAAUACGGAUUUACAUGAAAUAUUACCCAUGGACUAUAUGGAAAAUGUAACUUUUCUAGACGUUUCUCAUAAUAAUAUAAACAGUAUCACAGCCACUACUACAAAAGCUCUGGUCAACGUCUCAAUUUUGAAGUUAGACCACAAUAACUUGACACAUCUUCCUGAACAGUUUGCGUUAAUGAACAUGUCCAAAGUAACCCUCUUAGGCAACCCGUUCGUUUGUGAUUGCAAGAUGAAAUGGAUGAAAUCAUGGCUUCUUCUGCGAACGAAUCCAGUCGAACAUUGGAAUAAGAUUGAAUGUAAAUAUAACACUAGCAGUUUUGGACAACUGAUUUCAUUAUCUGAGUCAGUGUUUGUUUGCCCAACAAACUUGCACCUCCACGAACAUGUCGUUUUUCCGUCAGUAAUAACUGGAAGUGUUUUGUUUGUUUUAGUAUGCAUUUUACUACUUAUUACCUUUCAGCGCUUUACAAUAAAGGUUCUACUAUAUCUGUACUGUGGAUUUCAUCCAUUUGAUAAACGAAGCCAAAAUCACUCAAAUGCAACAUAUGAUGCUUUUAUUUUAUACUCGUAUGUGGACAGGGAAUUCAUACAAUACAACUUGGUAGACAGAUUGAAGAGCAAAGGCUACAAAGUUGCUGAUUUUUAUAAAGAUAUGAUCGUUGGGUUUUCUUUCCUUCAAAACGUCGAGUUUUUCAUUGAAAGAUCAAAAAGAAUAAUAUUUUGCUGGACUGAUGAUAUGCUGGGAAAUGAUUUGGUCAUAACUGCUUGGAAUCUAGCGUAUGAGAAAUCAGUGACCAAUGAGCUAGACCUUUUGAUUUUAGUAGUUGAUAGGGAUCUAAAUAAACGUUUAUGCACCUAUGACAACUUGCAAAGGUAUCUGAAAAGUGGUAGAUAUAUCAAGAAACUUUCCAAAUUUAUGUCUGCAAGCGUUGAGUAUUUAAUGCCAAGGAUUAGUUCAAAUAUUGAAAAAGGAGAUGAAAGCAAUAUCCCCUUGAUUGACACCGCAUCUAACACUGAUCAUGGAAAUGAAUUGAUUUAUGUUUCAUACCCUGAUGAUCUAGACUUUGAGAUCCGACAUGAGCUUGUCCCAUACUUAACCAGAAAUGGAAGAAAUAUCAAAAUUCUUGAACACGACUUCACACCUGGAGCAGAUAUCCGUGAAGAAAUUCAUAGGAAACUUGAUUGCUCGCAGCAUUUUAUUUUCAUCAUUGCGCGCUCUACAUUUGAUGAUGAUGUUAAGAUGUUUAUCCUUACAACAGUGAUGUCAAAAUCAAUAUUACGUAACAAAAAUUAUUUGCUGUUAUUUAAAUCGGGCCUUUUACAUGGUGAUGACUUCCCAAAUGACGUCAACAAUUAUUUCAACAAUUUUGUGACAGGAAGUGUACGAGAAGAAAAUUUCAAAACACGUUUGCUCCAAGCAUUAUGUCAAGAUUUUAGCUUACCUAAUGAUGAAGCAUAGUUUAAAAUCAGUAAAAAUAAUCACAUUGAAAGGAAACAUUUAAGGAAACAAGUGAAUAUAAACUAUGCAAUGAUUAAUGUGUCUUUUAAAUAGUUUAUGAAAUUUAAGCUUGAUAAUUGAAUUGUUGAUUUGGUAGAGUAGCAAGCUGUAUAUAUUUUCCUAUACAUAUUCAACUCAAAUAUCAUUAGCUUUUGUUCCAUUACAAGCCUAUUGUUGUUUUGUACCUUUUCAAAAAUGCAUUAUAUAACUUUACAUUUGCAUUAAUUACAAGGAAUAUUUUUAUCAAAGCAAAAUUUUAAUAUUUUAAAUAAUUUUUGUAAUUGAUUGUUAAUAUUUAUGUAUCAAGUUUGUACAUGCACUCAUAUCUAACUUAUGCUUGAAUGUUGUGUCAUGAGUAAAGCUUUACAGAAGACUCAUUCUCCGACCUUGAAUCAUAAUAGUAAGUAUUUAAUCAAACUUCUGUUUAAUGCAGUAUUCUCUUGUUCUUUGUAUGCGUGCCUUGCUGUCAAGUAUUAAAUGUUUAUUAAAUUAGAAAUUUUUAAAGUUUUAAUGGUAAAAACACUUGGAAACAAAGCCACAGCAAUGAUAAUGGCAAGUUGGAACACAUAGUUCCUAUUGGUAUGUCUGCUAACACAUUGUCCGAUACAAAACUCAGUCAUGCAUUUAGCUCUAAGGUCAAAGAUAAGUAUUUAGAAAAUCUUGUCGGCUCCACAACUCUGUCAAGCAUCAAGGGAUUUUGAAGUCAGUUGGCAAAGGUGUUUAGAAUUAUGAAUUCUUGUUAUCCGACCAAUUGUUAUUAUCAAUGCAUUAAGGCCUUGUGAAUAUCAAAAGAAUGUUUAUUAUUAAGUUAAAACAUAUUUUUUUUCAUAAUCAUAAACAGUACAUAAUAUCCUUCAUUCAAUAUUAUAUACAAUGUUGAAAUGGAUUAGAACGAAAGAUACAAAAUCUUAAAAAAAAUUCUUCUCCGAAAAGAAUGUUUUUAUUAAAAGUCAUCCCUUCUCUUACUUUAAAAGGUCUUUUAUUGCAAACAAAUGUACAUAAAAUACUAAUUAUUCUGUCCUGUCAUAACAUCUGUAUUUCCUGUUAUGAUCUAAAUUUAGCUGCAAUCUCAUUGGUCCAAACAGUAGUCAACGGAACUUUUUAUAGAAUCAUAUUCAUUUGGUGAAGUAUCAUUUUCAUUGGCUAAAUUGGAUUUUCCGAGUCAAAAAAUAGAUUGAGACUCAUUUUAAAUGGCUAUUCAUUACGCGUGCUUGUUAAAAAAUAGUUGUGGCGUUUUGUUCUUUAUGGAAUAUUUCACGGUUAUUUAAAAAUAUCAUUACUUUACUAUUAUAGUUAAAGGUUACACCGCAAUGAUGAGCAUAAACUUGAAUUACUUUUGUUCACAUAUAGUUGUUGCACGCCUGGCACGGAGAAAGUUGCACAUGUAUAAGAUUGUACUUUCUGUGGUUUUUAAAAAAAAAUCUUAUAGCCUUUUCAUACAAUAAAACAAUUAUUGAUUAGUGUGCAAUUGAAUAUGAUGUGAUAUUCACCGGAAGAAAGUCAUAUGUCAUAUGUCGGUGAAUAUUACAUCAUACUCAAUGGCACACUAGUCAAUAAUUGUACAAUAUAUAGUGAGGGAAUCUAUGUCUUAUGUCUUCAUGCCACUUCUACAUGUAUAUUUAUGUUAUUUGUAACUAUUUUCACGAAAAAUAUUACAUGAAAAAAAAAUAUAUUAGGACAUUUUGACUUAUGAACAUUUGUUUAAAUUUGUAUAAUAUCCGUGUUUUACAUGUAAUU